AUGGCUUCCGCUGGGGCAGGGGCACCCGCCACGUUUGGAGCCUGGGAUUAUGGGGUCUUUGCGCUCAUGCUCCUCGUGUCCACGGGCAUCGGGCUGUGGGUGGGGCUGGCGCGGGGCGGGCAGCGCAGCGCUGAGGACUUCUUUACAGGGGGCCGGCGCCUGACGGCCCUGCCAGUUGGCCUCUCACUGUCCGCCAGCUUCAUGUCAGCCGUGCAAGUGCUGGGCGUACCCUCUGAGGCCUACCGCUAUGGCCUCAAGUUCCUCUGGAUGUGCCUGGGCCAGCUGCUCAACUCCCUACUGACCGCCGCCUUCUACCUGCCAGUUUUCUACCGCCUGGGCCUCACCAGCACCUACCAGUACUUGGAGCUGCGUUUCAGCCGCACUGUGCAGCUCUGUGGAACCUUGCAGUACCUGGUGGCCACAGUGCUAUACACUGGCAUCGUGAUCUACGCCCCUGCGCUCAUCCUGAACCAAGUGACCGGGCUGGAUAUCUGGGCAUCACUCCUGUCCACUGGAGCCAUCUGCACCUUCUACACCACUGUGGGUGGCAUGAAGGCUGUGAUCUGGACUGAUGUGUUCCAGGUUGUGGUGAUGCUGGCUGGUUUUUGUGUUGUCCUGGUUCGUGGAACCAUGCUUGUGGGUGGGCCUAGGCAGGUAUUCAAGCUUGCCCAGAACCACUCAAGGAUCAACCUGAUGGACUUUGACCCAGACCCACGGAGUCGCUACACAUUCUGGACUUUCGUGGUGGGCGGCACAUUGGUGUGGCUCUCAAUGUAUGGCGUGAACCAAGCACAGGUUCAGCGCUACGUGGCCUGCCACACAGAGAAGCAAGCCAAGCUGGCCCUGCUCAUCAACCAGGUGGGCCUGUUCCUGAUUGUAUCCACUGCUGCUGGCUGUGGCAUUGUCAUGUUCACAUUCUAUAUGGACUGCGACCCAAUCCUCACAGGGCGUAUUUCAGCCCCCGACCAGUACAUGCCCCUGCUCGUGCUGGACAUCUUCAGGAACCUGCCUGGGGUCCCUGGGCUCUUUCUGGCCUGUGCCUACAGUGGCACCCUUAGCACCGCCUCCACCAGCAUCAAUGCCAUGGCUGCGGUCACUGUGGAGGACCUCAUCAAACCAUGGCUGCCCAGCCUGGCGCCCCGGAGACUCAUAAUCAUCUCCAAGGGCCUCUCGCUCAUAUAUGGCUUGGCCUGUAUCACCGUGGCAGCUCUGUCCUCACUGUUGGGGGGCGGUGUUCUCCAGGGCUCCUUCACUGUCAUGGGUGUCCUCAGUGGCCCCCUCCUUGGAGCCUUCACUCUGGGAAUAUUCCUCCCGGCCUGCAACACACCGGGCGUCCUCUCUGGGCUGUUAGCAGGCUUGUUGUUCUCACUGUGGGUGGCCGUGGGCGCCACUCUGUACCCGCCCAAAGCAAAGUCCAUGGGGGUCCUGCCAUCCUCAGCUGCCGGCUGUGCAGGGCCCUCAGCCAAUGCCUCUGGCUUCCUGGGCCCGCUCCUCAUUGCCAACGACUCCAGUGGGCCCACCAGGUGAGCAAUGGACCCUGAUCGACCCACCUUGGCUGAUAGCUUCUAUGCCAUUUCUUAUCUUUAUUAUGGUGCCCUGGGCACACUGAGCACUGUGCUGUGUGGAGCUCUUAUCAGCUACCUGACAGGGCCGACCAAGCGCAGUGCCCUGGGUCCUGGUCUGCUGUGGUGGGACCUCACAUGGCAGACAGCAUCAGUGGUGCCCAAGGAAGAAAUGUCCUCCCAGGAUGACAGCUUGGUGAAGGGGGCUGAGGAACUGCCCCCCAGAGCCAAGAGGCCUUCUAAUAUCCUGCCCACCAACGAGGACCAGCUGCUCUUCCUGAGGCAGAAGGAGGUGAAUGGAACAGGCUCUGGGUCCUGGAACCCCAGCAGUGGACAUGAGGGUGGUCUUGACCUGCGAGAGACAGACCUCUGAGCCAGCCUGGGACUGACCACCUGGAAUGGAACUUCAGGGUGUGGCAAUCCUAGGCUACGAGCCAAUCCCAGGCAAGGGGAAGACGGCCUCGGCUCUGAUCGGCUGGAUGAUGUCAUAUGCAAAUGAGCUCAGACUGCAUGUCCCCGCUCUAUGGGAAGAGGUGAAGCCCCGCCUCCGGGAGGUUUUUUUUCCAGAUUCCUGCUUCCAACC